ACCAUUUGAACACAUAUAUAAUCGAACAUCUCGGCAAUCAAAGUUAAUCAACGACAACAGUAGUUAACAGUAACAUCAAUCUAUCAAAACCAAAUUGAAAAUGGCUCUUCUGAAAUUGGCGCUUCUUUCUCUCCUCAUUGUAACAGCAGUCUCGUUAACCUCAUGUCAAGGUCAAUCAAUAACAGUUAAUUCAACUGAAACUGAAGUAGCCGAUAUAACUGAAAGACCAGAGGCAGAGGAGACUGAAAUUGAAACCGAAACUGAAUCUGAAAAUGAAAACGAGAAAGAGGUGGAAAAACCUGAAAAUGAAGAGAAGGAAAAACCAGAAAAGAACGAAAAUGAAAAGCCAGAAAAAGACGAGAAUGAAAUAGAUUUAGAGGACGAUGCUAUCCCUGAAGUUCGAUGUUUGCGUAAAUACAAUAAUCUUAAUUGUACUGAUGGUCAACGUAAACAAGCAAUUGCAGACUACAAAAUGGCUAGACAGCAGCUGAUUCAAACGCUCCUCAAUUCAUCAAGUUUGUUGAAUAGUUCAUCAUCAACACCAAAUCUCAACAAUUCAUCUCUAACAACAUUAACACCACCAUCCUCAUCACAAUCAGCAUCUGUAUCAUCUUUAAAUUCCUCUGGGUCGAUUUACUGUGAUCGCGCAAUUCAGCUUCUUAAUGGUGUCGAUGGAUAUGCACGUUUCAAUGAUUUGUGCCAAGCUCGAGUUUUUGGUAAAAAAUACAAUCCAGAUUUUUGGAUUAAAAAGUGCAGGAAGGCUCUUAAACGUCAUUAAACAACAAUCGCAGUUAUAAUUUGAUUUUUUAUUUGCCAAAGUGUAUGUUCAUCUUACACUGUUAUUGAGCGAUGCAAUUGUCUAUCAUUAUCUGGAUUGGUGAAUAAAAUCACCACAAAAUCAUAUCCUGGGCCCAUUAUUCAAUCAACCUCUUCCACCUUAUUAUCUCAAAAUUUCACAGCAAUUCAUAUUUGAUAAUAUUUAUAUUGUUAUAUUAAUAUAAACUGAUUAAUCUAGAAACUCUCUGUUACCUUUUGUUAAUCGAAUGGAAUAUUUAUUAAAUAUUUUAAUAAAAUUGUUUUAAUUUCAA